UCCCCCUUGCGGCCUCCGGCUCAACCUCGUGUCCUCCGCCCUCCCGAGCCCGUCCUCCCACCUCUGCCUCCGCCAGCCUCGCGGCCUCCGCCUCCGCCCUCCCACCUUCCGCCAGUGUCUUUCAUCUAUCUCUCAAGAACAAGGAUGAAGGCAAACUUGGAGAUUUUUUCCUCAAAGAGAUUGUGAAGUUCCAAGUUUCGAUAACAAAUCACUGCCACUUCAGAUAUACCAGAUGAAGUUGAACAGGGGCCUUAGAUUAUUCCGAGUACUUUACUGCUAGCUCGAUUUGUUCUCGGGACAAAUGGGUAUAACUCAUCUUCUUAGCAUUAAAGUUUGUUUUCACUUUAUCUGCCUUCUUUAAAUGAUCAGAAUUUUUCUUUUAAAAAUUUGUAGAGGCUGCAGGGGAUAAUAUCAUUGUGCAUAAUGUCGAUAAAGAUUUUGAAUUUAGAAUUGGCAUGAUAUUUGCUAACGAGGAUGAAGCAUAUAAGACAUACAAUGCAUAUGCAAUUUCCAAGGGGUUUGGAGUGAGAAGAGGACAAAAGGCAAACAAUAGAAAAGGAAUAUUGCGAACAUGCACAUUUCUUUGUAAUUGUGAAUGACACUCUCCACCAAUCCUACCUCAUGAACAAAGAGAUGUUUAUAGGACAGUAAAGAGAACUGGAUGUCAAGCUUGCAUGAGAUUCAAAAUUGAAAAUGGAGUUUGGAUGGUUGACAAGUUUAAGGAUGAUCAUAAUCAUCCUUUCAUUGACAAUAAUCAGAAACACUUAAUAAGAUCAUACAGGCACAUGACAGAUACUAAUAAAAGCAUUUUGACUUCUAUGGCUAGAGCUGGUAUAAGGGCUACGAAAGCGUACUCCUACCUAAGUAGUGAAGCGAGAGGACAAGAGAAUAUUGGCUUCACUUUACGUGAUUGUCAAAAUUUCUUACAAUCGAAGAGAACGGAUUUGAUUAGUGCGGGUGAUUGUUAAAGUCUCAUUAACCAUUUUAAUUACUUACAAUCAAAUGGAAGCAAUUUUUCAUAUACAUUUCAACUGGAUGAGGAACAAAGAUUGACCAAUUUUUUUUGGUCUGAUGGUGUAUCCAAGCUAGACUAUGAAAGUUUUGGAGAUGUGGUGGUAUUUGAUACAACUUACCGUACAAAUAAGUGCAAUAUGAUAUGUGCACCUUUCGUUGGCUUGAAUCAUCAUUGGAAGAAUGUUCUCUUUGGUUGUGCAUUUUUAUUGGAUGAAACUAUUGCUUCUUUUGUUUGGGCAUUUCAAUCCUUUUUAGAGGCAAUGGGUAAUAAAGCACCCAAGACUAUUUUCAUCGAUCAAGAUCAUGCCAUGGCGAAUGCCAUUAAGACUGUUCUUCCGAAUACUAAUCAUCGUUUAUGUGUAUGGCACAUUGCGAAAAAUGCUACGCAUCAUAUUGGGCAUCUUCUUAGAAAUCCGAGUUUUCGUGAUAACUAUUGGCAUAAGCUUUUGUAUCGUUGUGAAUCUGAAUUUGAAAUGGAGAAUGUUUGGAAAGCUAUGUGUCUAGAAUGGAGCUUGGGGGAUCACAAGUGGUUAAAUAACAUGUAUCAGCUACGUCAUAAAUGGUGUCCUGCAUUUGGCCGAGAUAAUUUUUCUGCAGGAAUUAGAUCCACACAAAAAAGUGAGAGCACAAAUAACGUCUUUCAAGAUAUGGCAUGCAAGACCAUGACUUUGUCUGAAUUUGUCAAUCAUUAUGAGAAGCAAGCAGAAAAAAUGCGCAACUCUGAAGUUGUCGAUGAUUUUGAGUGUGCUCGAGGAGAGCUGCGGAUUAUGGUUGAAAAUAGUGGAAUUUUGAAACAUGCUGCAAAUUUAUACACUCAUGUCAUUUAUUGGAAAUUCCAGGAUGAGUUCUUGCAUGCUUUGUCUGUGGGUGUUUGUAGAUCGGAAAUUGAUGGGCCAGUGCACACUUAUAUCGUGGCAACUGAAAGUAGUGAACGGAGGCAUGUUGUUUGUUUUAGUUCAAGUGAUUUAACCAUUACAUGUAGUUGCAAGUUAUUUGAAAUGCGAGGAUGGUUGUGUAGGCAUACUUUAUGCAUCUUGAGACAUGUAAAUGUUACAAGCAUUCCUUCACAAUACAUUCUAAAGAGGUGGACAAAAGCUGCAAAACAAGGGAUUUAUUGUGAUGUUGGACAAAGCUCUCAUGCUGUGGUAAAGUCAAAAACAUUACGCUUGAAGAGAUUGAUGCAAUUGGCUUUCAAUGUUAUGAAUAUUAGUGCAAACGAUGAUGUUUCGGAGGAGCUCACAACUACAACCUUGCUGCGUCUUCGCUCCCAUAUCACAAACAAAAUGCAAUCUUCAACAGGUAAUGAUCAUAUUAAUUUCUUGGUGGAAAGUGAUGAAGCUGAAGAUGUAGAAAACUAUGAAAUUCAAAUACUUGAUCCCCUUCGGAGAAGACCAAAAGGUGUACCAAACACUCGGUUGAAGGGCGCUAGUGAAAAGCGAAAGAGAAAACCAUCUUCAUGCGCAGGAGGCACCUCACACAAGUUAUGAUGCUUGUUUAAUUUGUGAUUUCAUCAAUGAAAGCCAUGAAGUUAUUAUGAUACUCUUCCUUUUUUGCAGGAUUGACCUUCGGCGAUUAUUCACUACGAUGGGUAGAUAGCGAAUUUGGUGACUGGUUAUCCUCCAGUUCUGAUUAAAAGCAUUAACAACUCUUUAAAACCUCGGAUUAGGUUUUUGAUUAAUAUAAUGGGGAGACAACUCGAUGAAGCUGCUGAUUAUCCUGACUUCUUUCCCCAUAGUUUGAAAAUAGACUAGAGCAACGUUACAAAUUUUUUAGCCAA